AUGGGGGUUUUCCUGGUGGUAUUAUUGGACUAUUUUGGUGAGAGCACUGGCAAGACGGCUACAAUUCAAUCAUUGCAAUCAUUCAUGAUGCUUUUCCCAGGUCCCGUGGUAAGCAGUUUGAAUAAUAAAUUUGGUACCAGACCGAUGGUUGUUAUUGGUGGAAUUUGCUCAAGUGCUGGUUUACUACUAUGCUCAUUUGCAAAUAGCAUUAAUGCAUUACUCGUGACGUAUGGUGUAAUUGUUGGCCUGGCUAGUGGAAUGUCUUAUGGACCUAGUAUUGUGAUUAUUGGACACUAUUUUCACAAACGACAUGCCGUAGCCAAUGGAAUUGUCUUUGCUGGUACAGGUACUGGCAUUAUGGUACUCCCACCCUUGUGCCAGGUAUUAAUCGAUACAUACGGAUGGAGAGGAGCAAUCAUUGUAAUUGCAGGAAUUAAUUUAAAUAUUGUUGUCUGUGGAAUGUUGAUGAGAGCACCAAGGCAAUGUGUACGGGAGAGAGAAGAUGGCACGAGAACUAAAGACAAUAUCAACACUAACGUGGAAUGCAUAGAUGAUGAUAAUGCUGCUGCUGAUGAUGAUGAUGAUAUAAACAAAGAACGUCUGCUCGAAGCAGGAGACGUGGUAGGCACGAAUAACAUCCAAAUCGACCACUAUAGAGAUAGUUAUAUGUUAUCUCAGUCUACUAACGAACAGACAGAUGACGUCCAGUCUAUACACAAUGCUAAAUCACCAUUGAAGAAAAUCGGGGUCAUCCUGGCUCUGCAUUUAUUCACCAAUUCUUGGUUCAGAAUAUUAUUGUUUUCUGUAUUGUUUUGGAGUACUGGUCAUCUUCUAUUUCUUUUCCAUUUGGUAAACAGGGCAGUAUCUGACGAUAUACCAAUACUUGAUGCUACGUUUGUAAUGACAAUUCUGGGUAUAUGUUCAAUACUUGGCAGAGUAUUGCAUGGCUGGUUCGUAGACCUCGGAUAUUUUUCCCCAAUGUUCCUUUCGUCCUGUGCCUUUUGCGUGUGCGGUGCGUCAGCACUGCUCGUUCUUGUCGCCAAUGGUAACUAUUGGGUAUAUGCUUUGAUGGCGAUAUUAUACGGUACCUCCUGUGGUAUUGGGGUCGCAUUACACGGUUCUGUGUCCAUGAAAGUAUGCGUUGGCACAGAACAUUUAUCAAGUGCAUUCGGUUGGUAUUUAUUUUCUGCUAGUUUUGGAAACGCACUUGGACCAUUUCUUGGAG